AACUGAGCUAUAUCAACCAAGAGUUAAAAGGUUUUUGCAAGCUCUGUAGCUAAAGCUAAGAAGAAGUGAAGGCGAAAAAAAAAAUAUUUUAAAUUACAAAAUGCCAAUUUACAGAAUUGCCAUCGGGACGCCGGGAGAAGCGAGCCAACCGGAUGCACUCAGAGCUGCGGCAGCAGAGUUCUUCUCUAUGCUCAUCUUUGUUUUCGCCGGUGAAGGCUCCGGCAUGGCUUUUAACAAGCUUACGGAUAAUGGCUCGUCGACACCAUCUGGCCUUGUAGCUGCAGCAUUAGCUCAUGCAUUUGCACUAUUUGUGGCGGUUUCUGUUGGUGCAAACAUUUCCGGGGGUCACGUCAACCCUGCUGUGACAUUCGGUGCCUUUCUCGGUGGAAACAUCACAUUCUUAAGGGGCAUUUUGUAUUGGAUUGCACAAUUGCUAGGAUCAGUUGUUGCUUGCUUGCUUCUUAAAUUCGCCACCGGUGGACUGGAAACCUCGGCAUUCGCACUAUCAACCAAUGUAUCGGUGUGGAAUGCACUCGUGUUCGAGAUUGUGAUGACUUUUGGGUUGGUGUACACAGUUUAUGCCACUGCAGUGGAUCCAAAGAAGGGGGAUUUGGGCAUUAUUGCACCUAUUGCAAUUGGUUUCAUUGUGGGUGCUAACAUCUUGGUUGGUGGUGCCUUUGAUGGGGGCUCCAUGAAUCCGGCGGUCUCGUUUGGACCCGCGGUGGUUAGCUGGACAUGGACCCACCACUGGGUCUACUGGGCAGGCCCGCUCAUCGGUGCCGCCAUCGCCGCCAUUGUCUAUGAUAAUAUCUUCAUUGGUGACAACACACAUGAGCAACUUCCCACCAGAGACUAUUAGAAAAAAACUUCUCUUGUUUUAAUGCUUUGAGACCUCUUUCAGAUCUUGGGGAAAUAAAAAUUGGGAUCGUAGCAAUACAAUUGCUAAGACAUGGAUUUGUGGGUUUUUGUUGGAAUUUUUGUAGUUUUGUUGAGUAGGUGUUUGUUGUGUACUUGAUUUUUUUAUUUGCUAGGAGUGGGUAAAAGUUUUAUUGGCUGUCUAGCCUGUCUUGUAUUAAUGAAAAUGUCUUGUUUGUUUCGCUGUCA